UUUGUCCAGACAAUGUGCUCAAAACCUUUAAGGAAAAGCAAGAUUCCAUCCAGAAAAUGUUGGAAAAAGAGGAACACAGACAAGCUGCAGAACAGCCGCCAGCCAAAAAGGAACCAGAGCAGAAAGGAAAACCAGAAGCAGAGAUCAAGGACCAAAAGGAGGCGCCCAAAAAGAAGGAGUUCAAGAAAGUAUUCCCUCACUCUCCCCUUUUUGAUAACUGGGGGGAAAAUCUGACUGAGGAUGAACAAAGAGAGGCAGAGCUUUUGUUUCAGAAGUAUGGAUACAAUGUUUUUGUGAGCGAUCGCCUUCCUCUCGAUCGAGCUCUUCCAGAUACCAGAGAUCCAAGGUGUUUGGAAAAAAGUUACCCAAAGGACCUGCCAAGUAUUGGAGUGGUGCUGAUCUACCUGAACGAGGCCCUGUCUGUCAUCAAGAGAGCCAUGCGCAGCAUCAUCGACCGCACCCCUAAAAACCUGCUGAAGGAGAUAAUAAUGGUGGAUGACAAUAGCUCUAAUGAGGACCUGAAGGGGGACCUUGACAUUUAUGUGAAGAUGCUUGAGGAGCAGAAUCCAGAUCUGCGCAUCAUAAGAGUGAGGCACAACAAGCAGAAAGGCCUCUCUACUGCCAGGGUCUCUGGAUGGAGGGUUGCUACUGCGGACGUGGUGGCCAUCCUGGACGCACACAUCGAAGUCCAUGAGAUGUGGGCUGAACCUUUGCUGACACAGAUCAAAGCUGACCGAACCACAGUGGUUUCUCCUGUGUUUGACGUUGUCAGCUAUAAUAACCUCGUGGUUAUUCCAUACUAUGCACUUGCACAAGCCUUUGACUGGAAUUUAUGGUGCAUGUAUGAGGAUUUUUCACCAGAGUAUCACAAACUCCAGGACACCUCACUGCCUGGAAAGAGUCCAUCCAUCAUGGGAAUUAUGGUAGCUGAAAGGAAGUUUCUUGGAGAAAUUGGACUUCUUGAUGAAGGAAUGGAAGUCUACGGUGGAGAAAAUGUUGAGCUGGGAAUUCGUGUGUGGACAUGUGGAGGCAGUGUUGAAGUAGUUCCAUGCUCCAAGAUUGCCCACAUCGCAAGGCUUCACAAGCCCUACACACCUGACCUGGACGCUGCCAUGAGGAGAAACGCCCUGAGGGUAGCAGAAGUCUGGAUGGAUGAAUACAAACACAACGUCAACCUAGCCUGGAGCUUGCCAUUCGAGAAUCAUGGAAUUGACAUUGGGGAUGUCUCUGAGAGAAAAAAACUCAGAGAAAGUUUGAACUGUAAACCUUUCAAAUGGUACCUGGAAAAUGUGUAUCCCAAGUUAGAUCCCUGGGACGACCUACUUGGCUAUGGAGGAAUGAAGAAUCUUGACACUGACAUGUGUCUAGACCAAGGCCCACAACCAGGUCACACACCCAUCGCCUUCGAAUGCCACGUCUUCGGACCUCAGCACAGUUAUUACCGUGCGACUGGUGAGCUCUACAUCGGCGGCAUCAAGUCCCACAAAUACAGUGACAACCGCUGCGUAACUGUAAUCAGCAAAAAUGAAACCAAGCCUGGUCUUUUCAGCUGCAAAGAGGCCAUGCAGAAAGGAAUGGGGAUUUACUGGGACUUCACUCAGGGCAAAGAACUGAAGAACAGAGAAACACAAAGAUGCCUGGAGAUAAAAAACAAAACACUUCUAGUACAGGAAUGCUCUGGCCAAAGAUGGGAAAUCCACAACCUUAUAAAAACUUUUUGAAGUGUUUUUGUGUGUGGAGCCAACAAGAAGUGCACUUUUCUGCUCGUAGGUCAGUAGAUAGUAACACCUGAAUGUGUGAAAGGCUGAGACUCCUAUAAUUAUUUAAGUCCACUUUAUUUAGGAUGGAAAAAGUGAGAGACUGAUUUAAAAAAAAGUUAUGUUAUGUUAACUAAAAUUCUUACAUAUUUCCCUUUUAAAUAAUAAUAAUAAUUUUGGCUACACUGAAUUUUCACCAUUGCAGCAGUGGUCUUAAAACAUCCAACGCUGUCAGUAAGAUGUGUUGCUAUGACUGUUUUGGAGCAAAUUAAUUAGUUCUGUAACAGUUGCCCAACUAUGCAAAUGUUGCUACUUUUGGAAAUAAUACAAUGCAAUACUUUGUUGCUGUUAGGUAAAUUUGUUGAUGUUAUCUGCUUGUACAUUAGUAAGCCUCAUCAUCUGUUACAGAAGUAACCUUCAAGCAGAGACGGACAGUAAAGCAAAUCAUAGGGUGAAGGAAACAUAGGUCUAAAUGAAGUGAAGGCCACAGAUUGAGAAAGAUGUGGACUGGAUGUGCAUUUCUGACAUUCAGCAGGAAUAUGGCCUUCUACAACCAUUCUUUAGUGGGUGAUGGUGUUCCUGACGGUUUAAAGCUACUGUACUAUCUAAUCAAUUGUUAAUGUAUUGUUUAUUGUUUACAUAAGAUUACACUUUCUGAAUAUUACUGUUUAAACAGGAUUAUCCAGGCUUUGGAAGAGUCAACUUGUUCAGAGGCUCAUUAACUUAUUUGUUCAAUAGAACUGUCCAUGUGAACUUGAAAAUAACUUUGUUCUUUGUCUUUAGUUUUGUUACAUAAACUACAGCAAGACAUCUGAUCACUGAUUGGACAGUCCUGUGCAAUUUUUGGACACAUAUAAAAAAAACAAACCAAUGCACCGAUGCAUCUAUAAAAAAAGGUCAUAAAUGGUCUUUCCUCUUGGAUCUUAAGUUUGAGAAUCUGUACUUUUUAAACAGUUAUUGAUGGAUGGUUGGUCAGUGUCCUGGUAUCAAUGGCUUACACAUUGUUCUACUUAUGUAGAAUGACCUUUGGAGGGACUGUGAAGUUUUUAAGUGUGUGUGCAAAAUUUAAUUAUUAUCAGUGUACAAAGGAUCUCUGUAUGUUCUAAAAGCUUGUUGAACUAUACAGUAUAAGAACCAUUCACCUUUGUCUCUUGUGUCAGGAAAGGGGACAGCAAUAUUUGGGAACUGAGUUAUAGAUUUACAGAGCAUGUGGGUUUGGAGUUCACUUACUUAAAUUACUAGAUGUAGAAGUAAACUACUCAGUGCAGAAAAACAUGUAUUACUAUUACAAAUUAUAUUACAUUAUGAUAACUCAUGCAUUAAUAUAAAAGCAGUAUUUAACAGUAAUGCAGUUGAUCAUUUUUUGCUUAAUUGAUCCAUUACUGUAAAAAUUCUGAAUAUAGUUAGAAUGAAAUGCUAUCAAUAAUGCCUAAAGCAGCAGCUUGACAAUGAUUGCUCGUUUUGGAAAAGAUAUUCAAACUUAGAAUUUUGAUAUUUACAAUACAAACUCCUUACUAACUCCAGUAAGUUAGACAGGUUUGCUGUUGACGAUGAAAUGAGUAAGAUGUGUGCCAAGGUGCAAGUCUGCAACAGUCUCUAGUAACUCACUGCAACUUGUUAGUAGGUGUUAAAUAAGGUCUUACUUGUUUGAAGUCCCAGUGCAUGCAGAGCUUGGUACAUUUGUGAUGAACAUUACAAGUUAAGCAAAUUGGAUCAUUUCCGUUUCUCAGAUGAAGUUGUCACCAGCAGAAAGGCAAUGACAAUACAGGUUAAGGCGAGAUGCCGACCCUGAAAAGAAAUUUGCAAAAAGACAGAAACAGAUGGCACAAAAGGAGAAAUGCAGGGCAGACAAGCACAGUGGCUGAUCAGGAUGAAAGGGAGAAAAGGUCAAAGCACAGGUAUUGGAGAGAGGCCCAGCAGAGGUGCAGAGCAAGAAGGAAGAGACUACUAGAGAUAGAGACACCAUCAGAGUCGGCGUCAGAGCACAUCUAACCGGGGGGUCACUUUCUGCCACAAUAUACUCUGCAAAUACAUGAUAAUAUUAGUUUCCUGUCAACAAUCAACAUGCUAAUCCAUGUCUUAUACCAAACAUCCAACGGAGCACGUUUGGCCACAAUACUUAAUCCUGUCAUUAAGUCAGUGUCUUUCCUCUGUAGAAGCCUGUUUGGUGGGUCCAGCAGGGUGAGAACAGUGUGGACUAACUUGGUAAUGAAUAGGAAACUGGGCUCGGUCAUCUCACGGAACAGGCCUGCAGCUUCCAUUCCUGUCUCCACGCCAUGGGCGGGAAAAGAGUCAAUGUCAGUCAAGAGAGAUGUUAUGUCGUUAAAUGAGUUUAAAACGACGGUCACGGUUGCAAGAUGUCUACCACUACUACUGACCAAACAUUCUAUUGUAGUGAUAGCUGAAUUUGAACUAUAUUAUAUAUACACAUACAAAUGCUCUUUUUAUUUCAGAACUGUUUUUAAUACAUGCAAAUAAAUAUGGAUUAUAUGCUAUUUUUGUUUUAUAAGGGGCUGACAGACAGCUGCUGCUGCUGCUGAUGCACUAGUGACUAGAUGGAUCUGUUUGAACAACGUGUUUAUUUGAAUUGUACUCUGCCUUAUUGAUCAUUAUGUGAGAAGAUAAUUCGUGUUUGAAUUUCUGUCAUUAAUAAAUAUUUCCUCUUCUUUUUUGUAAUGGUAAAAUGAGCAAGCGAGACAGAGAAAUCCCCACAGGUUGCCUGCAAUGAUGCUAGCUGUCAUGUCACUGAACACAGUGUUGCUCACUUCUUCACUGGGACAGGGAGGGAGACAGUUAUGGGGAGACUGGAC